UGUUCUUGUCAACAUAUCUGCUGAUGCUGGUCCCACAGACAGCGUGCAGGAUUGUGCUCGCCGCCCCAUUUUCCCUCGCAGGAACGCCAUGUAGGCCAUCAGAUACCAGGCGACAUCCUUUGUGUUCGCCGCUCCGGUCUCCUGAGAUCAGAGCUGCACCUCCCCAUUAACUGUGACAGGUAAAGGGGCCUCUUUAUUCAUGCAUCCAGAAUAGUACGGUUGAUACAUUGGAGAUGAAUGACGACGGAGAAGCUGUGGAAGCAGCGCUGCUGCUUGAUUCGUUGUGACUUCAAGGUUUCUAAGAGAAAAUCCAGAGGAAAAUAAAAAUAUGUUGCUUUGACAGUUUGAGACAUAUUUGUGUAUUCAUUUUCUCACAUAUAGUACAGCAGGAGGUGGUAUAUGCUGAUGAAGAUCACUCAUAAUUAUGUCUCUUCACAGCCGUGUGAGUUUGUAGUGUAUGCUAUUUGGAGCAUUUCUAAAUUGGUCCACUGUGAUUGCUUCGGUGAUCAUUUGUGUCGUUUGCUGUUGUCAGAUUUUCUAAAUUUUCCUGAUGAAACCCCCCCACGCCCCCAAAAGUCUGCAAGUAUUUUAUCAUGCAGGUGCUUUAUGCAAGCUCUUCCCCUCUGCUGUGUGCAGGACAACAUGUUCCUCCACUCAAAAAGACUCUCUGCCUGAUGAGCUAUAAUCAGCAAGGUCAGGUACCGUCGGAUGCACCGUGAAACCUUUUUUUUAAAUCUUUUUUCUACAUGGAAAAAAUUUAGCUGAUAGAAAUGUCUUUACCUCAUUAGCAACCCACAACCGUAACAUUGCUUUUGGGAUACAUGUGUGGCUCUAAUAAUGCAGAAGGUAACAAUGCGCACUGUUCACAGUCUUGCGCAAAUAAAAAUGUGAAGUAGGGGACAAACAGCAUUAUGUUGACCAAGGAACACAAAACACAGAUCAAGGAGAAAUUUGGGCGAGAUUCAAAACAAUAUCUCAAGGUUUGAAUGUCUCUCAGAGUGCGGUUUAAAUCUCCUCAUAUAAAAACGAAAAUAGUAUGGCACAACAAACCUAAUCCUCAAGUGAGCAAGGGGAGCCAAAUAAUUCAAUUGGGCGUAAUUCAAUUUAUUUUAAUAGCCCCAGUUCACAACACAUACCAUCUGAAGGUACUUUGUGAAGUAAAAGUCAUGUGACCAGAUCCACGGUGAAGCAGAAAAGAUCCAAAGCUCCAGGUGGGGCUACGAUUAGUUGUGCACUUGACAGAUCUGGUCACUGUAGAACAGUGGCAACAAUUAAACUGUUGUUUAAAGAAAGCCUUAAGAUGACCUACUUGUGCUUUUCUUCGGCCAUGUUGGGGACAUGUUAGUGGGGCCAGUGGCGGAAAUGAGAAUCAAAUGGAAACUUGACUGGGUCAAAACAAAUGCCCCUGUAUUUAAGUUUGGGCAAUGUUACUUUUCAUGUUUCUAUUUAUGACACAAUUUGAAAUCUACUGUAGAUAUCCUCUUUGUGUUGGGCUGUCACAUCAAUCCCAUCAAAAUACACAAAACUUUGUGGCUUCAACGUGACAAAACACUGUUCCAAGACAUAAGAAGACUAUAGAUGUUGCAUCCAAGUGACCGUUGCAUAACGUAACUUUAUGUAAUGUGGUCUCUGGAUCGCUGCUCUUUGUGUAAUGCACUUUUUGUCCUUCGGCAAGGUUGAGUUGAGACACAGUACGAGACGGAUGCCGAGUCGGACCUGCUCAGUAUUCCCGUCGGCCUGUUAGCAUCCUGCUGACUCAAGAAGCUUUAUGGAAAAUCCAGAACCAGCAGCUGAGUGGAAAACCGAACCAGAGGGGCUGCUGGGAAACCGCUACUACGGCGGCAGCGCUCAGUGGAGACCAGACGUGUUGUGGUUGAUCAGCAGAACUCUUUACACAUGAUGGUGACCAGUCUCUCUGCUACCUGAGCUGUAGUGGUGGGAGCUUUGUUUUUGUCUGAGAGACAUUGUUUACUGAUAAACACCCUCAUAAUUCCAGAAGCACGUUAUGAGAAAAUUGUGGGAGAGCCAAGUUUGCUUCAUCGGGACAUUGCUAGUGUUUUGAUUACUGAACUGAGGGUAAGCAAUAGUAGUUGGCAUAUGAAUGAAAAACAAGACAUUUUUACUAGGACUAGAGAACAAAACUGACAUAAAUUAAAAGGUUUAAGGUGUAAUCCCAACUAAAUACUGAUAUUUAACUGAUUCCGUGGCAGUGGAUAAAAACCAGUAAUUGUUUGAUCUCUGAAAAACUUUUUAUUUAUGAAACUGAAGGAAAAAGGCUGCUAUGUAUACAUAUAAUUUGCAUUCAGACCGAUGAGAUGAGCCAGUGUUGCGUUUUAGCUUAACCGCGACUUUAUUCGUCUUCCUCUGUAUCACAGUCCACGAUAAUACCAACACAGGCAACUCAAUACUAUUAGGGUGAAUUAGGGCUAUUGUAGAUAGAAAAAAACCCCUGUAAAUUUCCUCAAAGGAACUCAGAAAUGUUGAGAUUAAUCUCAAAAAUUUUCUAGGAAUUCUCUUGGAAAUUUUUGUACACUUUUGUGCUGCACAAAUAUAGAACAGCAAUGCAUAGAAUAAGCCUUAUACACCAUCUCACAAUCUGUCUUUGACAAAUUGUCAAGACAUUCUAAUAUUCUAUCAUCUUAUAUCAUCAUGAGGCACUUUUAAUGAAGAUGGACGGUUAAAACAUAUUUGGAUGACGGUUUCUGUUUUUUACAUUGCUGACUUUCUGAUCAUUGGAGCACGACAAGUCGCUUUUUAAGAUUGUUUUAGCCUACUUUGUGUUGUCAGACAGUUUCUACUUGAGUGAUUUUUUUGAUUCUCCAGGCGAUGCAGUAAUCAGCCGGGGCGUGGAGAAUGAAGUUAAACCCCAAAAAUGUAAAUCACCAUUAAUUUAUGAUUAAACAAGGAGGCAAAUAUCUUAUUGGGAUUCCUUAUCUCUGUUUGCAAAUGAAAUCACCAUCUGAAAACCGAUGUUUGUAUUCACCCAAGUUAUCUUUGUCGUGACCAAGCAGCAGAAACAGAAGGAAUCCCUUAUGUGGGAAACAUAUUUCACAGCAGUGGAAUUUAAAAAGUAAAGGGGGAAUCUGUAAACAUGGGUCUCUGGCUGCCGGGACAAACCGGCGCGGGAGUCGCUUUUCGACCGAAAUCUGUCAGUUCCAGAAGGAAACAGAAGCUGAUAUCCAUCCUGCGAACUCUCAGCCUAACACGUUUUGGUCGCCGUGGCAGCCCGCGACACUCUGCCAUGAUGUCAUCCCAGAUUACAGCCGGGGUGGAUGGUGGCCUCGACGGGCUGUUGCAGCAGGGCGGCAUCAUGGAGGCUGGAUGUGUGGUUGCCGCGGUGAUUGAGAAUGCUGCCUCAGGACUCCGGGGAGAACCAGGAAGUAGUGACGUCCUUGAGGGCGACCCGACCCCACCUACUGACCUCCACAAAAACGAUGCCUUACCUCAAGCUACCAACAUCAAUCCUUCAGAGGAGAAGCAGCCACAGGAAACAUCCACUGCCGCGGUGAAGAGCGAUGACAUCACAGAACACCAAGUCGAGCCCCUCCUGCGCUCCUGCGUCAGCACGGCGAGUAUGAAGGUCAAGAACAUGAAAAAGCUAACGUUCCCCAGAGGUCACUUCCCCAGAUUGGCAGAGUGUGCCCAUUUCCACUAUGAGACUGUCGAUUUUGGCAACAUUCAGUUGGCCUUGGCAGAGGGGCAAAGCGAAGGACCGAAGCCUGGUCUGGACUCCAAAGAACUCGUCUUUCUCAUCCAGAUCACUUGCCAGGCUCGAAACUGGCUGGUGAAAAGAUCCUACGAGGAUUUCCGAGUGCUGGACAAACAUUUGCACCUGUGUAUCUACGACCGCCGUUACUCCCAACUCACCGAACUGCCACGCUGCGAUACCUUAAAGGACACCGUUGAGUCAGUCACCGCAAUGCUGACUAACUACCUGUCACGCUUCUCUGCCAUCGCGGACAACAAAAUCAACUGUGGUCCUGUGUUAACGUGGAUGGAGAUCGACAACAAGGGCAACCAUCUGCUGGUUUCUGAAGAAGCUUCGAUCAACGUCCCCGCCAUCGCUGCCGCCCACGUCACCAAACGGUACACGGCUCAGGCCACGGACGAGUUAACCUUCGAGGUCGGGGAUAUUGUGUCUGUCAUCGACAUGCCGCCUAAAGAAGACACCGGCUGGUGGAGAGGGAAGCAUGGCUUUCAGGUCGGGUUCUUCCCCUGCGACUGUGUGGAGCUGAUAAACGAGAAGAUCCCACCCAGCGUUCAAAACUCAGUGCCAAAGCCAGUGUGCAAGAAGCACGGGAAGCUGGUGACCUUCCUGAGGUCGUUCAUGAAGUCUCGGCCGCCGCCACAGAAGCUGCGUCAGCGCGGGAUCCUCAGGGAGCGAGUGUUUGGCUGCGACCUGGGGGAGCAUCUCCACAACUCAGGACACGAUGUCCCACAGGUCGUUAAAAGUUGUGCAGAGUUCAUCGAGAAGAUCGGCGUCGUGGAUGGGAUCUACAGACUCUCAGGGAUUUCCUCCAACAUCCAGAAACUGAGGCACGAGUUUGACUCUGAGCAGAUCCCAGACCUGAGCCGAGAGCUUUUCAGACAAGACAUCCACUCUGUGGGCUCCCUGUGCAAGCUUUACUUCAGAGAGCUGCCCAACCCGCUGCUCACGUACCAGCUCUACGACCGGUUCUCAGAAGCUGUGUCUGCAGCCACAGAUGAGGAGAGGCUGGUGAAAAUCCACAAUGUCAUCCAGCAGCUGCCGCCUCCUCAUUACAGGACGCUGGAGUACCUCAUGAGGCACCUUUCCCACCUGGCCACUUUCAGUUCUGUCACCAACAUGCACACUAAGAACCUGGCCAUCGUCUGGGCGCCGAACCUCCUCAGGUCCAGACAGAUUGAGUCGGCCUGUUUUAGUGGCACAGCGGCUUUCAUGGAGGUGCGGAUCCAGUCGGUGGUGGUGGAGUUCAUCCUCAACAACACGGAGUCCCUUUUCAGCACAAAGUUGAACUCGAUUUUAAGAGAAAGCACUGGGAACAACACCUUAUCAAGACCAAAGUCUCUGAUGGUUUGCUCCCCGUCCACAAAGCUGCUGUCUUUAGAGGAGGCCCAGGCUCGGACUCAGACGCAGCUCGGCUCUCCAGCCACAACCCCCUGCCUCACCCACAGCGACUACAUCGAGGUCGGGGAGGGGCCCGAAGCUCUGCAGGGCAAAUUUCACACUGUCAUCGAGCUGCCAAUGGAGAGUGGCAAGCGGCCCCUAGCAAAGUCGAAGAAGUCUCCUGUGGGGAACUGGCUGUCCUUUUUCCACCUGGGCAAGUCCCACUCUGUGUCCAAGCGUAAACUAAAGCGACACCCCAGUGAACCAAAUGAGAUAAAGAGCAUAGCACUGCCAGGAGGACGAGGAGAUAGCGGCACACUGCGGUCCACUAAAAGCGAAGAAUCUCUUACUUCUUUGCAAAAUUUAGGAGGAGGACCUCCGAGUUACCGUCCCCUUAGACCUCGGUCGACCAGCGAAGCGGUUUCUUCCGUCAGCAGGGACGACCUGCACAACUCCAGAAAGAAAGAAGACUGCCACGCUCACCAGCUGAACGACAGUAAACGCAGCGCCGACCGAGGCCGUGCAGCCGUUUCCCCUCACCACUCGGAGGACGACCUCGACCUUUCCCCGCCGGCUGCGGGCAUCUCAACCUUAGACUUCGAUCCCAUGUCUUUCCAGUGCAGCCAGACUCCCGCGAUGCAUCGCGGCAGCAGGUGGAAGAAGAGUGCAGCGUGCUCCAACGAAUCCGAGCCCGCGUUCUCCCAGAACAACGUCGGCUGCUCGCGCUCACCGGACGACAGCCCGGUUCUGUGCAAAAGUGGGAAAAAAGUCGCCUUGAAGCACCUCUCGCCCAAAGUGAGGAAGAAAUCGUUAAAAAUGCUGGCAGACGUUCAGACUCCCGUGCCCUCUACUUCUCCCAACGUGGACAAGUGCGAGGCUUUGACAGCAGACGGGAAACAGCCGUUGUUUCAGCACAGCAGCCCCAUCAACACGGCAAGUCAGGCAUCCGGUGUGACAGACCUCAGUCAGUCCGCCCAGAACCUCCCUGAUCCAGGAACAGAUAGACUUAUGAGUUCAAUCUCUGUUCUCCCUCCUCAACCUCCUUCGAUGAGUGCUGCGCGCAAGUUGGCUUUGGCCCUGGCGGAAUCUGCCCAGAAGGCCAGCAACGCGUCCCAAAGAAGAAGCCACGCACAUGACUGCAGACUGCAGCGACCCUCCGUUCUCGACGUCAAAGUGCAUCCUGAGGAGUGCCGCGGCCCUCACGUCAGCCCGGGUUCCCAGUGGCAAGUGGCUGCGGAGGCCCACCGCUGCCCUCACCUUGGCCAGUUCUCGCCUUCACACCUCUACCCAGAGCCGCUGGAGGUUGCCGACAGUCAGGAAAGCGUGUGCAAUUUCACUCCUAACGUCAGCCCGCUCGGGUCGGGGAGUUUGGAGGAAGGCAGCGCUGAAGGGAGGGAGCACAGAGAGGAACGAGAGUCGGAGGUCAAACAGGAACAACACACUUACCAGAGUGUUGGAGUCUCAACGCCCUGCCAACCUGUCAGCUCAGCAAGGAGCCCACCAGCCUCUCCCGUGUAUGCAAACAUGGACUCUGUGGAUGCUUUUAACUUCAGAUCCGUCCUGGCGGAGUCUUCAAUGCCUGCCUCUAUCGAAGAGGCCUUCCCACGACAAUUCCAGACGUCUUCGGCCCAUCCCUACAGCCCAGAGGAGGAAAGGCCUCAUGGCAUGCUUGAGGAUGUCUUCAGUAAUCACCAUCAUCAUCAUCAGCAGUACCAUCACCGGCCCAUUCAUUCAGGUCGAACACCUACGCCUCACUACCCUCGGCCUGGCGCUCUGCCGCCGCACCUCUCUGCGCAUAAAGGCCUGCACAGGCAGUCAUCGGAGAGCCGCUACAGCUCUCUAGGUUUGAGACAACCUCUGUCACCUCAGUACAGGCGCUACCAGGGCGACUUCCACAGGCAGCAGGGGCAAUGGCAGAGCUCCGACGACAGGGCAGUGAGAAACCCAGCCAUCCGGCGGGCACACUCUUUUCAUUCCCCACAAAUCAAUCAUUACGAGCUGGCGAACACAGAAAUCCUGCCCGUUGACUCCAUGCUUUAUGUAGAGCAGAAGUUGAGCCCAGAAGUGCCAUAUCAAGAGCGAAUCCAGGCCGGCCUGAAGUCUGUACGGACGCAGUUUGAGAACGUACACCCAGAACAUCACUAUGGCCCCUAUUCUGACUCAAGUUCAGGAGAUCCAAGACCUCAUUACUUCAUAGAACCCCGCCGGCAAAGUGGCAUCCAUCGUCAUCAGACCUACACAGUCCACUCCAGUAGGGAAGGUGACCAAUCAGAUUACUACAACUACUCUCCACGCCACACCUCUCCUGUGAAUAGAGAGCUUUACAUAGAAAGCAGAGACACUGUGGUUUACGAGGCUAGAGAUGCAGAGAUGUUUGAAAGGGUUGUGUAUCAACCAGUUCAGCAAGAGAGACACAAAAGCACGCACCACUCUGUGUCUCCCUGUGAGACUCCAGACUCACCAAGGGACAUAAUGCACACAAGGAGUAAGUCUGACCCCGGAAACGCCAACCUCCUCUCAGCCCACAGAGUGGGCAGCCAAACGGUGAUAGCCACUUCGCCAACCACCCCAAGAAUAAGGUCCCAGCAAGCAUACCCUGAGGUGUCCAGGCAAGGCUAUGGCCAACGAUCUGGCGCAGAAUUUGGGCCAAUGAGGCGGAUUCAUAUCAAAGAGGGCUACUCGAGGCAGCCACUCCUCCGCAAAGUCCCUUCGUUGCCAGAACGAGGCUGCCCCAACCUGAAAAGCAUCGAGCACACUCACCGAUGCCAAACGAGAGGCUUUGAACAGAAUCCAUCAGUGCUGGCGGGCGCUGCAAAACCCAGCAUCCUGAGAAGACCGGUCCGCUCGCAGAGCACCAGAGAACAUCGUCACUACUACCAUUACCACUCCAAAUCUCCCCUGGAUCCCGAACAUCUGGAACCCUUCCCUGCUCACCUCAGCAGACGGACUCAGAGCACUAAAGUCAAGCCCACACACUACGACCACAUGGAGGGGUAUUACGCCGCGCCAAGGUCAAAAUCCACCCGAUCCAGCAAAGCAGCAGCUGGAUAUUUACCUGGCCAGAGCUGCAUGUCUCCGCACGGACAGAGACUCCUAUCCAAGGUCCUGGGUCACGAGGCUUUUUAUCACCCCGCUUUCAGAUCAGAAGCCGGGGUCUAAGAGUGAUCUUAAACCCCUGCUUUCCUAUCUGAUUCCAUGUUGGGGCCAAAGGACACCUGCACUUUAUCCUCAGCCAGACCAACAGACCACUUUUUGCUAUUAACCUUUACGAGCUGCUAAAAGAAGUGUGAAGCGAGGCUGAUGGUGAGAACUGUGCUGUUGGUACGUUUUGUUACAUUAGCUUCCAGAAAAGUUUAUCGGGAACAAACUGAUUAUUUUAACAUUUAACAUUUGGAAAUAGAUGUAAGAAGCAUGUUUGGAAAAAAAAAAGUAUAUAUGUUUCAACUACAUAACAAGGGAUAACAAGGUAAAUUCAUGCGAUUUCAUAACAUGAUUUUUAAGGAAUGUGUAUAAAAUAACUUUUUUUAAAAACUGUAAUGUACUUACAGAUUUGGACAAAUAUAUUGGCACCCCUAGUAAAGAUGUGGAAAAAAACCUAGAAAAUAAAUAUAAAUUUUAUUACAGAAGCAUAACAUUACUCCACAAUAUCUCACCAAUCACAUGCCUAGCAUAAAACAAGCGAAAAAUAGCUUGUUUCCUAAAAAACAAGCUAUGUUAGCUUGUUUCGUACUAGCCAACGAGUAAGCUAGGCUAGCAUGAAAGAAAACAUGAACAAAAUAAAAGUCAAAAAAUAAACUGACCUUGAGACAAACAAAAGACAAAUAGGAAGGAGCAAUGUGCACCUGUGAAAACUACUGACUUUCAAAACGAUCAAUUCUCAAAACUACUGAGCGCAUUUGAAGAAUGUACUCAAAUGGAUUUCUCUAAAAAACAUUGAGCGUGAUUACAGAAUUUUACUUCAAGGCUUUUAAAUCACCUUUAGUAGGGGUUCCAAUGCGUUUGGCCGGCACUGUAUAGGAGUAACACACGUCUAACAUGUGGCCAAUGUACUGUAUAUUUUUUUGUUUUCUAUCCAACAGUCUGCUCAGACUUCGACAAGCACUUUUCCAGGAUAACUGUGUAUGAAACACAUUGUCUUAACAUGGUAUAGAUGGAGACAUAAAGCUUCUAUUUUUUCUGUAAGAAACAGCUUGCUCAGAGUCAUUGUUGAAUGCUUAAUGGCACUUUUCGGGGGGCAAAAAUCAAACGAUAACCUCACGGUUUCUAACUCUUCAGGGUCGCUCACACAAACUCUUCUUGUUUAAUGCUAUCUAAAAGCAGUGGGUGCUGUAUGAUUUCAGUUCAAGUCAAAGCUACCGUGGCUAAAUAUGCUGGAUUUAAGGCAAGUCAGUUCAUGCUAUUAGAUAUAUAUAUAUGAAAUACUGUAUUUUAUAUGGUAUUGUGAUUUUUGUCAUAAAAUUUAAGGAACAAAAAAAAUUCUUCCUCUUUACAAACUUUUAACAAUGUGGUGUUUUACAUGGAAACAUGUUUUAUUCAUUUUGUCAUAAGUUUUACUCAAGAUGCUAUAUCAAUUUAAAACGUAAAUGAGGACGUCCUGUUAAGACAUGUUACAACGAGUUAUUUUAGUGACGAAUAAAAAAAAAAUAAAGAUAUAUUGUCAGUUAUAA